GUCUCGGGUACUGAGAAAAUCCUCCGUAAUCGCCCAAUUUGUUUCGAAUCUUUCCAUAGAGAGAAGAUGAGAAUUACCGUGUCAGGAUGUCGCUUUCUCGGUCUACUGGUUGUUCUUAUGCACUUUGUCCGGGAAAGCUGUACUCUUCCCGCGUCGCUAUCAACGAACCCAAUCGGAGGUGGUCGUAUGCAGACUGAGAAUACAGCUAAUGGUGAUGUCAGAUCUUCAACUACUAUGCUGCUCAAUCUAUAUUGCGAUACCGGUACAUCGUUGAUUAUAUAUGCAAACGAUAUUAGCUCAACCAACCAACGAGAAAACCAACUUGCUAUUCUGGAGAAGCAAUCUGUCGGAGUUGGAUUGGUCAGUAUUCAGGGCGUCAUAUCACGUCACUUUCUGGCUAUGGAUGACACUGGCACGAUAUAUCCUUCAAGCACUUUCAACGAAGAUUGCCGCUUUAGGGAAUCAUAUCGAAAUGGGUAUUACUUUUAUUCAUCGGCCAGAGAUCCAACUUGGUUUAUCUCAAUCGAUCGAAACGGCCAAGUGAAGAGAAGCCUGGGGAAUAGUCGGAAGAGAACGCACUUCCUGCCACUCCUAACAUUGCCGGUAGCGCGUCCAAUCUGAUAAGCGACUGCAAUGAACCAGCACGUCUUCGUUUAUCAAAAUGAACGAUUUCAUUUCUCGGACACAAUUGCAGACUUUGUAUUGUUGUUGUUUGCGGACCUAUUACAGAUGGCGCUUAUAUGUAGCCUUUUUACACCGCCUUGUGUCUACCGAGACAAUGUCCUACUGUAUUGGCGCAGACACUCGUUCUGUAGAUGGUUAUCGUAUCAAACCAAUUUUAACCGCCCCUUUUCUUCAUCAACGUUCAGUGCACUCUAUGUCAUUUACAUAUCUGACUAGUUUCCAAUCCGUCGUAAAUGUCACGAACUGGAACAUUCUUCUGGCAUAACUGUUAUGUAAAUAUGUUUUUUUUUUAUUUAUUAAUUAAUGCCUUUCAUUUCCCGGUACUUCGUAACCCAGGAUACUGUGUAUACUGUUUUCAUUAUUUUUGAAUCGAACAAAAACAUGACGAAUGUGGGUGGAACAUUUUCCUCGAGUGUGUAAACACUGCGUUAUGACGUCAGUGAACAGUGGCUAUAGAAUUUGCAUGAAAUCGUGUUCAUUUCUAUGUCGACAAUGUAAAUAUACUACGCGAACACAGUCACGGUUAUGUUAGCUGUAUAAACAAGUGUAUAUGUAUUUAUAUAUAAUAAGUAGUCUGUAUGUACGUAUAUAUCAAUGAUGUAUGUGACAUGUCAGUGACGACGUCACUCAUGACGCGUUAACUCUUAGUGUUUUAUAAUAGAAUAGAUGACGUCACGCAUAAAUAAUGUACAAUUUUGGCAAUGUAUUUGUCGGAAUCGAGGCUUUCUUUUGUAUCGAAUGAAAUGUCAGUUGACGAGCUUUAGAUGAUUGUGGAGUGGAAUUAUUGAGCUCAAUAAAGAAAUCACACGUAAAGCACAA